AUGGAGGCUUUCCCCUGGGCGCCGCGCUCGCCCCGCCGCGCCCGCGCCCCCGCGCCCAUGGCGCUCGUGCCCAGCGCCCGUUACGUGAGCGCCCAGGGCCCGGCGCACCCGCAGCCCUUCAGCUCCUGGAACGACUACCUAGGGCUCGCCACGCUCAUCACCAAGGCGGUGGACGGAGAGCCGCGCUUCGGCUGCGCCCGCGCCGAGAACGACGACCACGGCGGCUCCCCAACCUCGUCCUGCUGCUCCCCGCACGCGAGGCCCGGGCCCGGGACGCUGGGGCCGCCCGACUGCUGCGCGCCCGCCGCCGAGGUGACGCCGCGAGAGGAGCGGGGCCCCGCGUGGGCGGCCGAGCCGCGGCUGCAGGCGACCUCGGCUCGGCUCAAGCCCGAGCUGCAGGUGUGCGUGUUCUGCCGGAACAACAAGGAGGCGGUGGCGCUCUACACCACGCACAUCCUCAAGGGCCCCGACGGCCGGGUGCUGUGCCCGGUCCUGCGGCGCUACACGUGCCCCCUGUGCGGCGCCAGCGGCGACAACGCGCACACCAUCAAGUACUGCCCGCUCUCCAAAGUGCCGCCGCCGCGCAGCGCCAGGGACAGCCUAGCGGGCAAGAAGCUGCGCUGAGGGCCCGGCCCCCGACGGCUGCCAGGGUCCGGGCCGCCCCUUCCCCCGGCUGUGGGGAGGCCUGGAGAUCAGCCUGGGGGUAGUCGUGGUUUUGCAGAAGCCGGGGAGGCGGAGCACUUUCCCGCGGAGCGGCUGAGUCUCAACGCUGCAACCUUAAUUUUUGUCUCUGGUUUCUAGUUUGCGCACAUCCGCAUCGGCGAGGGUCGUGCGUGUGUUCCACUAGCUGGAGUGUGGCGGCUGAGAGGCGCUGUUUGUUUACUGUGUACGUCGACCUAUUUUAGGUGCGCGUCAGCACGAAACGGUCUCUAACCUUGGAUGUUUCGUUUUAUGAAUGGAGGCACUUUACCAGGUCUAGAAUAUUUUUAAUAGCUUCUGAACUGAACUUAAAAGUGGCGAUUUUACGGACUGUCGACAAAGUGACUUUUAUUGUUUGAUGCAAUUGACAUUUUUAGUUGUCCUUUCUAAUUACAGGUAAAGCAAGCCUCUGGUAGCCUCAGCGUUAGAAGUGGAGGUUUAGUACACUUUGGGGUUUUAAUUUGGGAGGGUGUUCUCUCCUUGUGGCUUGUUUCUGUACUAGCUGGAGGUAAAGGCACAUUUUGUAGUAGGUAGGAUACAGUUACAGUUCCUCAUCCUUUUACGUACCAGAUAUUCUACCGAACUAGCAAGUAGCCUUUCUCACCAUUAAAAUUGUGCCAAGUCAUAAUUAUAUCGUGUAUACACUUGGAAAUGGUGCUGUUUAAGAGACUUAUGUAUUUAUGCAGUUAACAGUAUAUGAAUUCAUUAAUCUCUCCUGUAACCCCGCUUUGGCAUUUUCUUCCAUGCACCCCGUGUUCCAGUUCUUUACAAAUGUUUGACGCUCCUCAAAAAGAAAAUCAAGAGCAGUGUUAGCUCCCUGGAUGUUCAAUUUCAGGGUUCCUAAAUAGAAAAUGGGAAGCUAACAAUACAACAUAAUAACCCAAGUUCAGGAAGGUUCCACUCUGUGCUGUCUGGCUCCAGGCAUGUAGAAGGUACGCCAGAAUAAACCACUGAAAGGCAGUAACUUUUGGGUUCAACACACUCUCCCUGGUGUUGCCCCUCUUACUGGGAGACCCUGUCUGCUUCCAGAACCUCACCAGCAAGAUGAAACCUGACCUUCAGGCCAAAGUUCCUGCCGCACACCUUCUGGUAUUUGUUGUAAAAAAAUCCUUCACAAUGUUCCACUUACUGCAUAUAGCUACCUACCUGCAAGACCACAGAGACAAAGAUGCAAGUGAAUUAAGAUGAACUCCUCAGAAACACAAAUAACACUAUCUGAAAGUACCAGCAAGAGAUUUGGUCUAAGUACAUAAAGCUUCCAGUAGGCGGAUUUAGCUGAGGUAUUCGGAAUUAGACAGCGUUCAUGUUAAACAGCUAACUUCCUCCCCCAAGAAAUUUAGGUAUAAUAGAGGCAGAGGGUAAAACUCCUGGGUAACUGAGCUCUUUAGUCAAAGGAAGGUCCACCCUACAGGGGGGUAUGGGGUUGGUGGGAAGACACAUUGCAGAUUUGACUGAGCCUAAACUUAAGUAGCUUAAUAAAACCAUGUGUGGUUCCUUGUUAGUGGUGAGGUUUUCAAGUCAACAUGAAUUCCAUUCUCUUCCCAUCGGUGUACCUCCGCAGAGGGGUGACCCAUCCGUGCAUUCUCCAGGCCAAAAAGCAAGAUCAAUUCAUUCAGCUGCUUUGAAUUUUUACCGUCAAAUUUGGCACUUUCCAAGGCAUAGGUGUGUGACUAUCCACUCAGGAUACCAAAGGCUAACUAUGUAUUUGAAUUAAUGCAAAGCAUGGCGUGUCUGAAGCCAUGGUACUGGUGGCUCUGGAAAAUGCCGUCACAUUUACUGGGUAGCCUUUACAUUAACACAAAGUACUCUAGGGUUGAGGAGAAGCUCCUGAACAUGAGCUCUAUCCCCAGCACCCACACUAAAAUCUGGGUGUGGUGUGCCUACAGCCCUGGAGAGUUCAGAGGCCAGCUUAGCCACAUUGGUGAGCCCUUUCUUGAAAACCACUAGGGGCAAUAGCAGGUAGUCUCUGAGAUUGGGGCUAGCCUGGUCUACAUAGCAAGCUCCGUAUCAGCUGGGGCUAUAGAGACCGUCUCAAAAGCAAAACCUAGGCAGGCUGCUCUUGAAGGAGCAUGUGACACCUGAGGCUGACCAAUGAUUUCUACAUGCUUCACACUCUGUGCCCCCAAAGAAGCACCUGUGGUCUCUGCACUGGGAAGCCAGAGACAGGAAGAUCCUUGGGAUCCCUGGGGUUCACUGAUCAGCAGAGCAGGUCUAGCUCCAGGUUUGGUGAAUUUCCAGUUCAUUGAGAUCAUCUCAAAAGAGUGUAACUGAGGACACCUACCAAGUUCUCCACACGUGCACACAGUCUUCUGUACCACACAUUCUCUACCCUAUGCCAAAUCUGAUUUCCUGCUAAGUGGGUAAACUGUUGGUUUACAACGUGAACAGAGUGUAUUGCUAGUUUUCUAUUUGUUAAUCUAAUCUUGGAAUUCAAUGUUAAAUUUUAAGUUUUGCAAACUGUUUAUGACAAAGUUUGGAGCUGUGGUAUGUAGCUCAGAGAGCACUUGCCUAGCAUGUAGUACACCAAGAAAAACUUAUUCCCAAAGUUUAAUACAAAAUUGUAAAAUAGUGUGACAAUACCAAGUCCUUUGUUUAUAUUUGUACAUAUAUAUUAUACACACACCCCUGGCCUAAGCCCCAAAAGUGUACGAGUCCUGUAAAAGCUUUACCAAGGGCAGAGGCACAGGUUGCAUCAUGUAUUAGCCUUUUUUCUGUUCUAACUUGUUAUUUCUUGUGGCUUUUUACUUUUUUGUACUUUAUUUUUCCUACAAAGUCCUUUUUUGGAAACUGGAUAGCUUUGAUUAUUACAUUCAUUAGCUAUAAUUAAACCAAAACUAUGCAUUU